UACCGAGCAUAGAGAGUGCGCGCUGCACCAGUUCGUUGGAUAGUUAAGAUGGCGGACGAUGAGUUUGUCACGAUCUCCGAUCAGGAGAAAUUACGUGUUGUAUCGGAUUUUAUACUUCAUUCACCACCGGGUGAAUUCAAUGAGGUUUUCAACGAUGUGAGAUUUUUAUUAAACAACGACAACUUAUUAAAAGAGGGUGCAUCAGGUGCAUUUGCUCAAUACAAUAAGGACCAGCUCACGCCUGUUAAGAUUGAGGGUAGUGAUUACCCAGCGCUAAUAACCGAGCACAAUGAUCUGGGUAGUCAGAGGUUUUAUGAUGCUCGCAGUAAGCAGAGUUUCAAGUACGAUCAUCUGAGGAAAGAGGCUACAGAUUAUGAACCCUAUGAGCCUGAUCCAACGGCUGAGCCAUGGAGAUCAGCUCUUCAGGAGGAAAUGAUAAGUUAUACUCAAAGCCACUACAGACACGGUGUUUGUUCAGUCUUUGGAAAAAGCCAAGGAGGGAACAUAACAUUGACUGCGUGCAUAGAAGAUCAUCAAUUCCAGCCGAAAAACUUCUGGAAUGGUCGUUGGCGUUCAGUAUGGACAGUGUCAUUUAGCACAAGUUCGAGUAAUGCUGAGUUACGGGGUAGUCUCAAAGUUCAAGUGCAUUAUUAUGAAGAUGGUAAUGUACAAUUGGUAAGCAGUAAAGAGAUUAAAGAGAGCCUACCAAUAACAAGUGAAAAGCAAACAGCCAAGGAGCUGAUACGUAUUGUCGAGGAAUCUGAGAAUGAUUAUCAAACGGCAAUAUCAGAGAAUUAUCAGACAAUGUCUGAUACGACAUUCAAGGCACUCCGAAGACAACUUCCUGUUAUGCGAACGAAAAUGGACUGGAACAAAAUUGUCUCGUACAGUAUUGGGAAAGAGCUUAAGAGUCAAUAGAAGAUAGAUUUUUUUAUAUUAAUUGAAUAAGAGAAUUGAACUAUGAGGGAUGAAUAAAUUAAAAAUCAUCACAAUUGAAUCAUGAAUCAGUCUGGAGGUGUGAUGUGUACGUGGGCUAGUUGUAACAGUCCGCAUAAAAUGAGAAAAUAAAAGCAUUCUAUUGGAGUUGACGAUAAUUUAUUUUGUCUCAUUCGUCAACGAAACCGUGGAGUAUUCAGAGAUGGCAUUUACGAAAUUUCGGAUAAUCAGGCUGCACAAUGAAUUAUAAACAAUUCCCUUCGUAGUUAGCACAAUGAAAAUGUUUUUUACGUGGUGAUAUCGUUGAACGAUUCGAAAAUUAAUUGCGCAAUUCAAUAAUUUCUCAUGAUAUAUUUUUAUUACUCACAACAUCGAGUGAAUGUGAACUGAACGUUUUUUGGAAACUCUUAUUGCAUUUAUAUAAUAAAUUUUCAGUAAACGUAAUGUUUUAUAUGAAAACGAAGACGAAACAAUUUUCGCGUGAAGGGGGAUGAAAAGUUGAUACGAAUUUUCAUUCAGAGAUAUUUCAUUUCUAUACUGUUUUCAAGCAGAAAGUUAAUAAACUUUUUGGUGCUAUUCGCUCGCCACACAUUGCACAGCCAGACCCCUCGAAAAUGCAAAACGUAGAAUAAAGAGUAAAAGAGAACUUUAAAAUACCUAAAUGAGUGAAUACAACAAAUUGAAUCAUGAAGUACAUAAAUGCAUUGUACAUUGUAGAGUGUAGCCUAUGCUAGCCUGCUGGAGCCUUAAUUAAUGUGUUUCAUGUUUUUUUUUUUAAAUUGUUCUUUUUUCGUUUCCAUUAAUAAGAAGUUUUGUAUGUAAAUAGGUGAUUUUGGAUGAAUGAUAAAUGCCAAGAAUAAAAUAUGCCCCAGCAUUGGAAUAUCUCACAAUACAAAAAAAUCAAUAUAUGAAUAAAAAAUACGAAAGCAAAUAAA